GACGCAGUCGUAAGUGGGGGAAUAUCUGAAUAUAAACUACAUUACCCGCCAUGCCAUUCACACCCCCGGUUAAAAAACAAAAGGGCGAGAGUUGAGAGGUCACGAGAAACCGUUUGGGACACCCUGUAAGCUGAUGUUGAGGGCAGUCUCUACCCCACAUUUAAGGGGCCUCCCAUGGCUGGACGGCUGUUGAAAGUGUCCUCUUUAGCCACCGCAGUGUUUGCCUCCUCCGGAUUCUAUCUGUACAGCAAGCAUGUGGAUCCCAGUGACAUCAGCCUCAUUAGGUUUGGAAGAGCUGCAGCUACGACUGCAGUUAUCAGUUAUGACUACAUGACAUCCCUUCGAAAUGUGGAUCACGGGACAGAGGAGUAUUGGGCCCUCAAAUCGAAGGUACACCUGCGUUCAGCGGAGCGGCUCAAAGACCUGUGCUGUGCCAACCGGGGCACCUUCAUCAAGGUGGGCCAGCACCUGGGCGCCCUGGACUACCUGCUGCCCGAGGAGUACACCAGCACGCUGAAGGUGCUCCACAGCCGCGCCCCGCAGAGCUCCAUGGAGGAGAUCCGGCAGGUCAUACGCGAGGACUUGGGCAAAGAGAUCGGGCAGCUGUUCGCGAGCUUCGAGGAGACGCCCCAGGGCGCGGCGUCGCUGGCCCAGGUCCACCGGGCCGUGCUGACGGACGGGAGGACGGUGGCCGUCAAGGUGCAGCACCCCAAAGUGCAGGCCCAGAGCUCCAAGGACAUCCUGGUCAUGGAGUUCCUCUUGCAGGCUGUCCAUUGGCUCUUCCCUGACUUCGCCUUCAUGUGGUUGGUGGAGGAGGCCAAGAGGAACAUGCCUCUGGAGCUGGACUUCCUGAACGAGGGCCGGAACGCCGAGAGGGUGGCGGAGAUGCUGAAGCGCUUCGAAUUCCUGAAGGUUCCCAAGAUCCACUGGGACCUGUCGACCAAACGCAUUCUGACCAUGGAGUUUGCGGAGGGGGGGCAAGUCAAUGACAGGGAGUACAUGGACAAACACGGCAUCGACGUCAAUGAGGUUUCCCGGAACCUUGGGAAGAUGUACAGUGAGAUGAUAUUCGUGAAUGGUUUCGUGCACUGUGACCCCCACCCUGGAAACGUGCUGGUGAAGAAGUGCCCGAAAAGCAAUAAGACCCAAAUUGUGUUACUCGAUCAUGGCUUGUAUCAGACGCUGAACCAGGACUUCCGCCUGGACUACUGCCGUCUGUGGCAAGCCCUGAUGAAGGCGGACCUGAAGGGCAUCGAGCGGUACAGCCGGCGCCUGGGAGCCGGGGACCUGUACCCCCUCUUCGCCUGCGUGCUCACCGCCCGCUCCUGGACCUCCGUCACCGGGGGCAUCAGUCAGACCCCCGUCACAAAUUCAGAGGACGUGGAGAUCCGGACGAACGCCGCCCACUAUCUACCUCAGAUCAGCGACCUGCUGAACAGGGUCCCCCGGCAGAUGCUGCUCCUGCUGAAGACCAACGACCUCCUGCGGGGCAUCGAGACCACCCUGCGCACCCGGGCCAGCGCCAGCUCCUUCAUCAACAUGUCGCGCUGCUGCGUGCGCGCCGUGGCCAGAUACAAGAGGAGUAAGACCCGGUCUCGAUUCCGGAGGAUGCGGAUCAACCUGUCAGAGGCCAUCACCCUGUUGCAGAUCAAUGCGUACGAACUCUUUCUGUGGAUCAAGGGAUCGCUACUGGGUCGCUGGGUUACUAGUCUACUUGGACAUCUGCAAUAUGCACACUGACCUCAACUUUCUUUCUAUUUACAGUACUCUAUCUGAGGAUUUUUAUUUAUGUUCGUUUGCCAUUAAUAAAUGAAAUGAAAAUAUGAAUAUGUGAUUUGCUAUAAAUAAGUGUUCCUUGGUGUUUGGUCAAGAAGAAGUUGCAAUGGUGUGCCUGUAUGAUGACAUCAUCUCAGUCCUGGUACACAACAAAGCUCAAGCACUGCAGCUUUUUAAAUCAUUGUAAGCAGAUGCUUACAUGUGUUGUAUUAGACCACUGAGCAAAUGUUAUCUAACACAUUGUGCUGAGAAAUCCAAUCCAGCGUUAGGCUACAACAUUUAUGCUGCCUAUCUUGUACCAUCUUAACAGCCAUGUGGUUGAAAAUCUCAGAAUAGUCUUUGCAUAGCCAAAUCAUUUUCACUCUGUCCUAGAACAAUAUUUAACUUGCAGCACAUUUAUUUUGUAGAGCUGAUCUUUUAAGCAACAUUUCAUCUCUUAUUUUUACAUUUUCCUCCCUCAUUUUGUUUCCCUCCCAGUUUUUAAAUGCCAAAUGCUUGAGUAUUUUUGGCCCGUGCCGUUGCUGAAACAUAUUUUUGGGAGGGUUGGAGAUGAGCAUGGCUGUCCUCCAAGUCAGCCAGCCUCAUGCCUAAACUUUGAUGAAAAGGAUUAUUACUACUGAAUGUGCAUACACCAGUUAUCAUACCAGAACAUACUGUACACAAGACCUCAAUUUCUCUGUACAUUUAUUACAUGUAAUAGAAGUGAUACAAAAAAAUGUAUGCAUGUACUGUAUGUGGGUGUUAUUGUUUCAUCAAUGAACCUCAAGACUUGUACCAUUAUAUUUAAUGCGCACAUCAGCGUUUCAGAAGUGUACAUUUUCGAUUUUAAUGUCCUGGUAGACCAUCAAUGAACCUUAAGAUUUGUACAAUUUUAUUUAACUGCACAUUAAUGUUUUAUAAGUAUAUAUGUUGCAUUGUAUGUUGUGGGAGAUCAUCAGUGAACCUCAUAAUUUGUACCACUAUUUAUCUGUGCACAUUACUUAUGGUUUUCUCUGUACUGUGUGUGCACUUCUUUCCAUUAACUUGCCAUUCCUGCUUCAGCUCUGCCUGUGUGACGCAUUGAAUAAGGCUGAUGUUGGGUCUAAACCAUAACCAGAUUUUUUUGUCUUCAAUAUUCAGUGGCGAUUACCUUUUACAUAAAUCUCAUAGCAUUUUUUCUUGAUAUUUUAAUUGUUGUUUUGUUGUAUACUGGCGGGGUCUCCAGAUAAAUUCUGAAUUGAACUUUGAGGAGUUGGGUCUUAAUUAUUUAGAACUUAAUUAUUUUUAAAGCAGUGGGUAUUGUUUUAUAGAUUACCUCCCCCAUAAUUUAGUAAGUAUUGUUAUUUCUUUUCAAACAUGUAGGUGUUUUUUUCUCAUAAUGCGUUAAAGAUUCUUAUGAAUAAAUUGUUGAACAUGAACUGAAGUUUUUAACAAA